AUGCUGCAGCUGGCCGGUGGGAUCCAGGGCGUGGCGCUGCUUACACAGGGCGGCGCCGCGUGCCUGAGGCUCGCACACGCGCUGCAGCAGCAGCGAGCGCGGCCCUGCGAUGCGCAAGCAGCCUGCCGCCACAUGUACACGCGCGCUGGCCAGGCGCACGAGACGCCGUCCAUCAUACCAGACGGCGGCCCCGCGGGCGUGACCGCCGGGCGCUCGUCAGAAGUGAACUCUGUGCGCCCGGUCGGCGACCCCCGCCUGAGGCGCCUCGUUGAUGACGUCUUCACGUUAUAUGAGACACGAGACCCUGGCGCGCAGCGUAGCAUCGUGCGCCGCCACUACGCUCCAAAUGCGACCUACCAGAACAAUAUCAUGCGUGUCCAGGGCGCCGAGGCCAUUAUGCGGCGCUUCAGCCUGCUGCCCAAGACUACUCAAUCAGUGCGCAUCGUGUACGAGCCGCCGGUGGAGCUGGGGGCGACCAGCAGCAGCCCUGACGCCCUGGGCAACCUGGGCUUCAAGGGAGACCUGGAGGUCGAGAUCAAGAACUCCCAAACCUACGUGUUCCAGCACCCCGGGAUGCUGCGGUUCCUGGUGGUCGGCGGCAGGUCAGACGUGGAGCUGCCUGUCCUGACGCGCCUGGCCCUGGACAAGGGGAGCCUGGCCAUCCUGCACCACCAGGACGUGUGGCUCAACAAGGCGGCCGUCUGGGGGCCCCUGCGCAAGGGCUGGGGCGCCGUCGCCACCACCAUGGCCGGCUCCCCGCCGCUGGACGACCCCGGCCGCCAGCCGCAGCGCCCGCGGCGUGGCGAGGAAGGAGAGCAGUCCGAGGAGGGCGAGGAGGAGUCGCGGGAGCGCGUCGGGGAGCAGGGGCGGCGGGGCGGUCGGAGGGAGGGGGGCAAAGGGGGCGAGGACAGCGGGCUGAGGCGGGCGCCGCCUGGCGUGGAGCCGGUGCCCGCAGCUUGA